GAACAUUCACUUGGAGUCAUCUGGUUCUUGUGUUCCCAAAUCAACACUGCUGUGGUUGCUUCCAAGCUUUCCCCCAGAGGGAGGCCUAUUGGGACCACUUCCUGCCAAGAUGGAAAAUCUUACUGACAAGUUCUCCUGCUAUGACCCAUCCCUUGUUGGUUACCGCUACAUGUCAGUGUCUUGGGGCAUUGUGGUCACAAUAGUGGGCACAGUGGGCAAUGUGUUAACUCUGUUGGCCUAUGCUGUUGACACCAAAUUGCAGACACGCUUUAACCUACUCAUUGUCAAUUUGACUUUGGCUGACAUCCUGUAUUGCACCUUUUUGCAACCCUUUUCCGUGGAUUCCUAUCUGCAUCUCUACUGGAGGACGGGAGCUGAUUUCUGCCGUGUCUUUGGGAUGCUGCUGUUUGUCUCCAACUCGGUAUCCAUUUUGACUCUCUGUCUCAUAGCAGUGAGCCGCUACCUCCUCAUUGCCAACAUGGCUCUCUUUGAUCGCAUCUUCACCCGUCUGGGAGUGAUACUAAUUGCUUUGGGGACCUGGGUUGUUGGUAUUGUCAGUUUUGCCCCCCUGUGGCAGGUUUAUGUCUUGGUCCCCAAAGUCUGUACUUGCAGCUUCCAUCGUAUCCGUGGGAGGCCCUACACCACCAUCCUCAUGGGUUUCUACUUUGUGGUGGGCCUGAGCUGUGUCGGCAUCUUUUACUUCCUCAUCCAUCGCAAAGUCAAGAGUGCUGCCCAGGCCUUGGAUAAAUACAAGCUGAAGAAGGCCAGCCUGAAGGGGGUUCAUGUAGCUGGAACCAGCUCAGCUGUACCAGGACAGUACCAUGAGCUGGACAGUGGGGUGGACAGUGCAGGUACUUCACAGCAUUCCUGUGAGGGUUUGCCCUCGGAGCCCACAUCCAAGACCAGCAUUCCCCCAAGUUUGGAGAGCAGCACGGCUCCACCUGUGGCCCAGCCUGCGGUCCCAUCAAAGAAAGCCACCCCAUGCAAACCCAAGGAAAGCAACUCAGAAUUCCACCGAGUGACCCGCAUGUGCUUUGUGGUCUUUAUUUUCUUUGUUCUUUGCUAUAUCCCUUUUUUGCUCAUCAACAUCUUUGAUGCCAAAAACCGGGCUCCAACUAUCCUGCACGUGAUUGCUGCCAAUCUGACGUGGCUUAACAGCUGUAUUAACCCACUACUUUAUGCUGCCAUGAACCGGCAAUUCCGUGACGCCUACAAAGGGGUGAUGUACACCUUUGCCAAGAAAAUCCACUGGUGCCGCUAAUCUCUCGGAAGCUGUACACCCCUUCUCUUCAUGGCUAAGAUCUUCAUUUGUCCUCCGGACCACCAGGAAAUCGCCUACACUUUCACUGAGGACUAAAUUCCUGGAGUUUUAACUUCUGCUCUUAUUAUCAUUGUAUUUUAUUCCAUCUUCUGUGGCAGCCAAUGGGGGACUUGUAAGUCAAAUAGAACUGACUGACUGAGCCUCACUCUGAGGGGUUGAAGACUAGGAAGACUCCACUUUGGGUUUGCAUAUAAGAGGAAAUAAACUGGCCAUGCUGGGUUCCCAUUAAUACAGCAAAUCUUGCCCUUCAUAAAGGAUUGUCUUGUAGGGCAAUCUGGUCUAAUAGGCAUGAAUUCUCUGUACACAAGUUGCAUGUGUACAUGGUACAUAUUUUUAUA